UACCACAAUUUCAAUCACUAUUGUCAAUUCUCCUCUUGUUUAGUUGUUUUCUUUGUCGUGAAUGGUGGGAAAGAAUAAUAAUUUAUAAAUAAUAUUAAUUUGAAAAGAAUCAAGUUUUAUUGAAUGUUAAGAACACGUACUAAAAUCCGGUAGUUUUUAUUUUAAUUAAAAUCAUGUCUAACCACAGAAGAAGUAAGACCAAUUGGAAAUUUAUAAAAGAACUUGGUUCAGGUGCAUUCGGAGAAGUUUCUCUAUGGACAAAUACGGAAACCGGAAAGUCAGUAGCUAUCAAGAGAUGUUCAGUUCUUUUCGAAAAACUUGCCUUGGAUGAGCAAUCUAAGUUGAAAAAACGAUGGCAACAGGAGUCGGAUUGGAUGAAGGACAUCAAUAUUGAUAACAUUGUACGUGCAUGUCCUGAAUUAUGUGCUGACUUAGUUGCCGAACAAAACAAAACAACACAAUUGCCAGUUAUUGCAAUGGAGUACUGUGAUGGUGGUAAUUUACGUUCAAAAUUAAAUGAAAUCGAAAAUGUCAAUGGAUUUACCGAGUACGAUGUUCGACAAGUUCUCGGUGCCUUGAGAAAAGCGGUGUAUCAUUUACACGAUCGCUACAAAAUCACUCAUCGAGAUAUUAAGCCCGAUAAUAUUGUUAUCAAGUAUAAUGGAGAAGGAGAGCCAAUUUACAAGUUGACAGAUAUGGGUUAUGCCCGAAUUCUUGACAAGGACACGAUUGUUGGAAGUAUGGUUGGAUCGAGGAAUUACUUUGCCCCCGAAAUUGUAGAAUCGGCAGAAUAUAAAAACAGUGUGGACUAUUGGUCAAUGGGGAUUGUUGCGUUUGAAAUCAUCUGUGGCGUGUACCCCUUCCUACAGGACGGUUCCAUGUAUGAUAUCCUAAUGAGUAUCAAAAAGAAACCUCCCGGUUGCAUAGCCAUCACAAAAUCAAACGACAAUAAGAUAUGCCAUCACACACAAUUGUUUCCUGAAAAUAGGCUAAGUACAGCGUUUAGUAGAGUUAUCGAACCAUGGUUACAGUUGGCCUUAGAAGCUGAUGGACGAAAGAGAGGCUAUGAAGCAGCACUUGAUGAGGUACAAAAGCGUAAACCUACUUUAACGUUUUACACUAAGCUCGAUGAUGCUCUGCAAGCUAAAAUUCUCACUGUCUUUUGGCUCAAUCGAUGUAAAUUUUUGAGCUAUAUUGUCAAUGAAAGUACAACAAUGGAUAACCUCUGUACCUCAAUAGAAGCCGAUACUAAAAUACCUCGAAAUAAAUACUAUUUCUUACUCCCCGCUGGACAUUCUCUUGAUUAUUUAUUACCUAAGACACAACCAUACGGUUUGUAUGAAGAAAAAUUCGAUAUCGAUGGCAAACCUAUGGUUUAUUUAGUUGAUUUUGAAAGCAAUGGCCUGAGUAAUCCGGAUGAUCCUUUGAUAUCGGAUUCCAUUCGUCUUACCUUUCAAUUAAAUCCCAAAAUUCAUCCGAGAAUUCUCAAGGAGUGUCUAUUGAAUACAUUGUACCUAGAAUGUAACGAACUAAGAAGGGUUGCUGAGUGCGUAAAUGGUAUUCAUGAAUUUGCUAUGAGCUUGGAAUCGGAGAUAAUAAAACAGGAAAAGAGAGUGAAUAAUUUUCAAAUAAAAGUGACACAUUUAAACGGACAAGCUAUGCACUUUGAAGCUAUGAUAAUUGGGGGAAAUAAUUUGUUAAAAGAAAAAAAGAUAGCCAACGUUCAGACCAUUGACAAAGAAUUUAAGCUUAUAUCACAGAAUCUAGAAACUCUCACUGAUGCCAACUUUACUACCCGACUUAAAUCUCUUUUAGUUAAAACUCGUGAAUUCAUGAGCAAAUCACCUUUAAACACCUAUAAACAGGAGGUUGAUGAUCAUGUGAAAAACUUUCAAAACGCCUUCGAAGAAGUUCGAAAUAAAAAUCGUUUUAUCAGUCCUGAUGAAAUACGAAAAGAAGUUUGUAGUUUUCUAAAAAUCCGCAAAGAUUUCUUCGACAAAACGAAAAAAUAUUUACUCAUAAAUAUGAAUGGCAAAACUGAAGCAAUUGAAUUACUUAUAGAUAUGUAUCUCGAAUUUCAAGUAAUACUUAAAAAUGUAUUUGAACAUCAAUCGUUAUGGAAUGACUAUAAAACUGCGAUAACCGAUAAAACUAAUGAAUUUCUUUCCAAAUUCGGAGAACAAUUUUACAAUGAAGGUAGAAAUAAGAAGUCUCCUAUUGAGAAAAUAGUGGAAAACAUGGAUACACUCGAUAUUGAUAGUGAUGAAUUUGUGAAAAGUGUUUUUGUACAGAAUUGUGAUGAAGAAAGCGCAUUUGAAAUAGCUACUGAUAAUCUGAUCAAGGAUACAAAGAUUUUGACACAAGCGUUGAGCGCCCUUUGGAAUGUAUAACUCAACAACCCUCAUCAAAAGCUCAAAUUCUGGUCACUCAAAAUACACAAAGCAAUUAUUAUGUAAAGUCUUUUGCACAUUUUCUUAAUAUUUUCUUCUUAAACCACUCCUAGAAUAAGUUAAUUUUAUUAGUCAUAUCAUAAGAAAUGACUUAAAACUCUUUUUUGUAAACAAAAAAAAUGCAAUUUAGUAAAUUUAAAUAGCCGAA